GAAGCUGAGCGCUCCUCCUGGUUUGUGUUUGGCGCUUUAAAGACACUCAGCCAUGAUAAUAUCAUUAGUUCUAAUGGGGAAGUCUGGCAUUCACUGGCUCUGCUUCCCUUUUUUAAGACUGACCGGUAGCUUUCGGAGGUGGCCCCCGUCCAGAAGGACUCUAAUCAUUGGGAUUAUUUGUGUUAUCUAUGUGUUCUUUGUUGUCUCUGAGUUUGGAUACUCGCAGCAGAACCAGGACAGAAGGACUGACAAAGACAAGUACCGACACACCCGUGGAUUGUAUAACUUGGAAAGUAAUGGUGCGCUACCAGACUCGGUUCCAACACGGUCUAACGUAGUGUACAUAACUCUGAAGACUAAGCGGUUGAAACCAGCGAAUAUACGUGGGACUAUUAGACCAAAAGUGAGGAGAAAAGUGAGGAGGAAUAUCACGGCUAGUUCCGCUUUUACGCAGAACAAACUUUCCACUUUGGAGCAGGACGCGGGCCAAAUUAGGAACUUUGAGCCGAACACGUCCUGGAGAGAAACCCGGGAUGUUGAUUAUAAAUCUUUGGAUUUAAUCCAUAAUCCUCACAUAGAUGAACAAACUGACUCUCAUUUUAGUUCUAUCCGAAUUUACAGCCACAGAGCACCGCCAUGGCUCAGCUCACAGGACGUCAAAGCCAUGCGCUUUCUCGCUGAUGCCAAAGUUUUACGCAUCAAAGAAGUUUCUCAUGGAGACUCUCCGUCUCUGCUGAUAUUUCAGGGAGAAGGUGGUGAUUCAGUGACCGAUCAAAAGCUGACAGAGAGGAAGGAUGUGUGCAGAGGGAAGUGUGGCAUCAUCAACAGUCCUGUGGACAACACGGAGGUCUUCGCUUUCCACCUGGACAGGGUGCUGGGACUCAACAGGACCUUACCGGCUGUGAGCAGAAAGUUCAACAUUUUACACGACGGCCUGCCCUGCCCAGUGGUGUCAUGGGAUGCUUCUUUUUACCCAGAAGGCCUCGCUGCUGGCUCAUCUACAGUGAGGUUAACCUGGGGGGAGUACCAGAGCUCCCUGAAGCAGAGGUGUUGGAUCAAAAACAUCAGCCCAAAGCCAGACUCUGGCUGCUCCACGGUCCAUCACUACGAGUGGAGUAAACUGGCUCUGUUUGACUUCCUGUUACAGAUCCACAGCCGUCUGGAUCAGAGCUGCUGUGGAUUCAGGCCCAGGCUGGAGGAUUCAUGUGUGGAAUUUGGACACCAUACUGAAUGUGUUGACCAUAACAGCAUACCACUGGCGAACAUUGUGCACAGGAGUCAUGACCCCAGACACCUGGUCUUCACCAAUAACAAGGGAUUCUUUGACCGUAAUGAGGACAACCUGGAUUUCAGGAUUCUGGAGGGAAUCAGAGAGCUUCCUGAGCAGGCCGUGUCCAUCCUAAGGAGCAGGAAGCUGAGGGAGAAGCUCCUUCAGUCUCUGUUCCUGGACCAGACGUACUGGGAGAGCCAGGGGGGCCGCCAGGGCAUCGACAAACUCAUAGAUGUCAUCGAAAGGCGGGUCAGGGUGCUCCUCACCUACAUAAACGCCCACGGGAUCAAAGUAGUCACUAUGAACGCAUGAGACUGACAUCAACAUUAGUGGUAAAAUUACAGAGGCGGAUGAAGUUAUCUUUAGAAGUCGCUGUGUUCUUUGAUAUGGGCCUUUGAUAAGACACUGGAGCUUUGCCCACAUGCACGUCAUACAUGAAUGAAAGACCCAUCAGAUUAUGUCUGAAAUGUUACUUUGAAUGCAUUUCUAGCAAAUUCUUAAACAUCAACAGUGCCGCGCAAAAGAUUAAAGUCACCAGAAGGAUUGUUGUUUUAGCAAUUUUAUUAGAAAUCAUCAGUUCUUUCUGGAAAGCUCCUGAUUCGGAAGGCUUUCAUCGACAAACUCCACAUACUCUGUUUUGCAGUUUUGCUCUGACUGACGGUGCACACCACAAGAUCUCUGGAGGAUGAAUUAAUGCAGGAAUUAUGAUAGAAUGAUAUUGCUUUUCUUCUUUAGCUUCUAGUAAGGGUGAGCACAUCACAGAAGUAAAAAGUUUGUUUUCCAAAAAGUAUAUGAGGUGUCAUUUAAAAUGUCCCGCCUUUCCUCUUUGAAAUUCAACCAUUCUUCGUCCGUGGUGUCGUUUUACCUCUGUGACCCUCUGCCCCACUGAUAAUGUGGUUUGUGCCACCGGUUGACAUAACAUUGAUAUAAGGAUGAUUUGUAUUUUAAUGUUGACCAGACGCUGUGCUCAUUCUAGUCCCUUUUUGGGUUGAUCUGCUCUAUUUGGAUUGACAUAUUUUGGCAGUGGCCUCCACUGAAAACAGACUCUGGGUGUUUCUCCAUAGGAGCACAGCAGACUUUUGGCUCACUCAAGUGCACCUAGUGGGCAAAUGGCUGCUCAUACGGAGUAUGUGGAAUUUUGGAAGUUAUAUUUCAGCUAGAAAAAAAUCACUUUGAAAUUUAAAUAUUGGGGUAUCUUAGUUGUGUUGUCUGUGCACCUUAUGUACAGAGGCUGUUGCAGGUAGCCUGGGUUGACAUCUAACCUGUGACUCUGACAAUACUCAUUGACCUUUCUAAAUAAAGGCAGGGGAAGCAAAAAAUGUUUCUAACCUUCCUCCAAAUCCUACCUAGUGUGUUUUGGUUGGCUGAUGUGUGUUAUUCUAUGUAAUAGAAUGCUGGCAUUAGGCCAAAACCGUGUAUCUCCAAAAUCACCACUUUCCAGGAAAUGGAAUACUUUUCAAUUAAUUUAACACUGAAUGGUCAUAGUCAGCAUCUUUUUGACACUUUUUAUUGCCUUAAAACAGGUUAAAACCCACUGACAGAUGUAAAGGGGGACCAAAAGCACUGAUUUAAGAAAAAAAAGUUAAGAUUCUGAAAAAAGGAGAUACAAGGUUUUUGCCUGAUGCCAGCCAUAAGCCCCUUUAGGCUUUUAGACACAACAGUUGAUCUGGGAGAGAGUGGGGAAUGGCAUUUGGGAAAGGAGCCACAGGUUAGAUUUGAAUCCAGGCUGCCUGCUUCAAGGACGACAGCCUGCAUACAUGCGGUGCACAAACUAAAGUCUAAGUCAGACCAAAGAUCUGGUGCUCUGUGCGAAAGCAAAUGGAAGAGAAAAUGUAUCAUUUCCUUAGCAACAUAGCUAGGUGCCCUGCCCCAGACGUGAUUCGAAGACACUUAAGUUUUCGACUCUAGAUUGUUAACAGGCAGAUGUUGUACCUGCACAGCAUUUCUGCUUGACGCCAGCUGCAGGGUCUUCAGCUGAGAGCCAUCCUUGCUUGAUGUAAAUGAGUAAGUGAGUUAAAAUAUUUGCCAUGUAGCAAGCAAUAUCUACUUGUUAAAUUUCUUGAAUUAGGAGAAUAUCACUAAAAGAAACUUGAGCAAAUUUUGCUUGCUGCUUUGGUAGAUAUUUUUACUAUUACAAGCUAUAUAGGCCUUCAUUUUCACUUUGAAGAUCUUCAGGACCUGUCAGGUCAAUUUGGCUUACAUAAAAUGUAAUGAGCUACUUUCAACUAGAAAUUAGACCAACACAAUUUUGAGAGUUUAGUAGUAAAGGUCAAUGCCAUAAAAGCAGUAAAGGUUCACCCAGACAGAAAAAGACUUACAAGAUAGCCUAAAACUAAAAAACUCUGGGAAGUUCUCAGCUGAAAGAAGCCUGAUAAAAUAUUAACAAAACAAUAUUAAAGAAAUCCUCAAGGAAGUUUCUCUGAAAGAGUUCAAGAAGUGCUACUUGCAAAGGAAAACUCACUCUUUAUACAAAAAUAUUCCUCAGAGGUCUUGUUAUUGCUAUCAUUUAUUUUUGUUGUUAUAGAGGCCAAGUAAUGAUUAUGGACAGUCAUUAAAACUUUGCUAAAACAACAAAGCUUGUGGUAUUAUAAGACGUUUGCACUUUGCAUAAGAACAUCUACUGUCCAGGAUGGUGUAAUUUCAUUGGAAAUAGCUAGAAAAAAUGAAGCUUAUUCAUAAUUUAUUUUUCUUAUGUAGUUUUCAAGCCGUUAUAAUAAGCCAAAUGAAGGACUUAACAAAGUUUUGUUUAAAACAAUGUAAUACCAAGCUAUUCAGAUUGUUCAAUGUUAAAGAAACAUAAAAAUAAAUCGCAAGAGAGACAUUUAAAUAUUCACUUUUACUUGCAAAAACAAGUUCAGCUUCCCUCUUCAUUUCCUUUGCCCCUAUGGCAAGUGCACUGCUGUCAUGUGUACAUAUUAUGUUGCUGUUAUUACUUUUGCCCUUCCUGAGGCCUUUCAGCAAGUGUAAUUUUCAUUGUGUAUGAAUGGAAUGCACUAAAUUUAAGUUAUUGUCAUCUCUGCUCCUCUAUUUAACUCAGAAAAUAAAACAUUGAUAAAGCCUGUCAGCAUGGCUCCGAGCCAUGCUAACGGGCUUUUAAACAAACAAAUGUUAGAAAAGUUGUUUUAUCUUGUGUAAAGUCUUAAAUUAUAUACUUUUGUGUGCUCUUUAGAAAAAAUGUCUCUCUGGAAGUUUAAGAUUUCAAAAUUGUAUGCAUUACAUCACAUACAGGAUUAUCAAAAAUAUCUAGGGCCCUGUUUUAACAGCAUAAAGAACAUUGUUUAAAGUGUGUGGUGCAUAUCUGUCUAUUUUUUGCUAUUCAGAUGGCACAUAAUCCUGGCACAAACUCAGGCACAGAGCACAAAAGGAUGGAUAACAUGCUGUGAUUAUGCAUGGCUGUAUUUAGAGCAUCAAACUGAUCAGAAUGUCAUCGCUCUUCCUUUAAGAGCAGUGUGCACCUGCAGGCUGGCGUGAUGGUUUUUACAUGGCAGAAUUAAGUUUUUAAUAGGCCGACUACCGGAGGGAUCAUUAAGCUUUCAUUCUUUAAUUGUGCUACUGAAUACACACAACACACUGUAGGAAACAUGUUCAUAAAAGAACCGCAAUUUAAACAUUUCAUAGUUUAGACAACUAUGAACAUCAUAGUCAGUGCUGCCAUGUUUGUAAUUCCACUUUAGGUUCGCUAUAUGGACAAAAGUAUUUGGCCACACCUGUUAAUUUGUGAAUUCAGGUGUUUCAGUCACAUCCAUUGCCACAGGUGUAUAAAGCACCUAGCUCUGCAGUCCCAUUUGCAAACAUUUUUGAUAAAAGUGGGUCGUUCUGAAGAGCUCGGUUAUUUCAAGCAUAGUGCUGGGAUGGACGCCACCUUUGCAAUAAGACUGUUUCAGAAAUUUCAUCCCUGUUGGAUAUUCUACAGUCAACUGUGUGUGACAUUCCUAGAAAGUGGAAACGUUUAGGAACAACAGAAACUCAGCUACCAAGCUGAAGACCACAUAAAAUCACAGAGCAGGGUCGACUGCUGGUUUGUAGAACAUGACGCUCUGCUGAUUCUGUGGCUGAAGAGUUUUGAACUCCACUGGCAUUGAUGUAAGAACAAAAACUGUGCAGUGGGAGUUUUGCAUUGUGCCAACUGUGAAGUUUGGUGGAGGAGGGAUAAUGGUAUGGGGCUGUUUUUCAGGGCUUAUCUCCAGUGAAGGGCAAUCUUAAUGCCAAGA